AUGGCAGACUUUGUCCGAUGGAACCCAUCCGUCGGCAGCAACUGCGCAGGAUAUGUUUCCGGUAAGUCUGACUGUGUCGAAGCAUACGGAGAACCAGCUCCUGGUACUGGCACAACUACUACUAGAGUCACAACCACUUCAAGUGCCACUACUUCGAGUACCACCACUUCAACCACCACUACUUCAAGUACCACUACAACUGGUUGUGCCCUGGGUCCUAGCCAGUCAGGACAAGUGGCCAACUGCAACAAAUGGGAUCUCGUUCAAUCCGGAGACACAUGCAGCGUGUACCUGGCUAAGUAUCCCGGCCUUACCUUGGCCAACCUCGUUGCAUGGAAUCCCGCCAUUGGGUCCCAGUGCCAGUUUCUUUGGGAAGAGACAUAUAUAUGCACCGGUAUAACCGGCUGGACCCCUAGCCCGACCACUACCAAGGCUACCACAACCUCUGCAACUCCAACCAAUGGUUUCACCACGCCACAGCCCAUCCAGCCUGGCAUGAUCGCCGACUGCAACAAAUUCCACAUGGUAGUCGACGGCGACGGCUGUGACUCAAUUGCCAAAGCAAAUGGCAUCACUCCCGCCCAAUUCUACGCGCUUACCCCCGCAUUAGGAAACACCUGCUCCGCCUUAUGGCUUGGCUACUAUGUCUGUGUAUCACGCAUCGGCACCGCACCCACUACAACCAAGGCUACCACCACAACAACAAAGCCAACAAACGAUAUUGCCACUCCAACUCCUAUCCAAGAUGGCAGGGUGGGCAACUGCGACAAGUUCCACUUGGUCGUUGAGAACGACCAGUGCACCACAAUUGCACGCAACAGCGGAAUAAGCCUCUCGCAGUUCUACUCGUGGAACCCCACUGUAGGCAAAGGUUGCGAGACGCUCUGGAAUGGCUACUACGUGUGCGUGAAGGUCGUGGGUGUUAACCCCAUUACCACCACUACCACGAAGACAACCACUACUACGAAGGCAACCACCACUGCCGGUAAUGGAAUCGCUACGCCCGCCCCAAUCCAGCCCGAGAUGACAACCUCGUGUAAGAAGUUCCACAAGGUUGUUGAUGGGGAUCAGUGUGGGACCAUUGCAUCUGCAGCUGGUAUCUCGUUGAGUCAGUUCAUUUGGUGGAAUCCGAGCGUUGGGGGCAAUUGCCAGUCAUUGUGGCUGGGAUACUGGGUUUGUAUUGGAAACUGA